GUUUAGAUACAAUCUGGCCGCGAGUCUCUCGGGAAGACGUUUAUAGCGAGUGCAUCCAUUUGUAAGGGGCGAAGUGCAGCGCCAUCUGCAAAAUGGCGUUAGAAUACGAAUGGUGGGAGUACUUUUUGAUUCCGUGGAUUGCGGGGGCAGUUGGUUACCUAACUAACGUCCUUGCGCUGCAAAUGACUUUUUAUCCGAUAGAGUUUUUCGGCAUCGAAUUAUUCCGACUCAAAGAUGAACCGUGGGGCUUGUUUGGCUGGCAAGGCAUCAUUCCUACCAAGGCCGAAAAAAUGGCGUCAAUCAGUUUCGAACUCAUGACAACUCGGCUAUUCAAUAUCAAAGAUAUCUUUCAUCGCCUGGACCCACGACGAUUCAGCGAAAUCAUGGAAGACUCGGUACUGCUAAUGAUGGAUUCUAUUAUUCAGGAGGUUGCGAACGAAUACAUGCCGUCGGUGUGGAAAUCGUUACCGAAGGAAGUCAAGGAUGAUGUCGUGCUGACAGCCGAUCAAGAAUGCGGGGUAUUUUUGACCGAGUUUAUGCAAGAUAUGCAGGACCAUGUCGACGACGUGGUGGACAUCAAGCAUAUGACGGUUACAGCCUGCGUCGCGAACAAACAUUUGAUCGUCAAGAUCUUUCAAGAAUGCGGCGAACAAGAGUUCAUAUUCAUCCGAAAGAGUGGGUUCUACUUUGGUUUCCUAUUUGGUUGCAUUCAAAUGGGCGUUUGGUUUUUCUAUUCGGCCGCAUGGGUACUACCUGCUGCGGGUUUUUUGGUCGGCUGGGUAACAAACUACCUUGCGCUGAAAGUCAUCUUUUCACCACUCGAACCGCGCAAGAUUUUUGGGUUCGAAAUCCAAGGCAUUUUCCUUAAGCGGCAGCACGAAGUUUCUGCCACGUUUGCCCGCGUGGUAAUUACCGAAAUCCUUCACGUCAAGGCCAUCUGGGAAGCGAUCUUCACUGGGCCCUUGUCGGCAAACUUUUUUGCCAUGCUCCGGGCGCAUACACUCGUGUUGACGGACAAGCUCGUUGCGGAAAUCAAACCCCUUGCCGUCGCUGCCAUGGGCGCCGACCAGUUCGCCCGCAUGAAAGAGGACAUCGCCCAAAAGGUAAUCGACAACUUACCCAACAUCAUUGAUCAAAGAACUACCUCCAGCCGAAUUUGA